AUGCGCUCGUACACUUUUCUCGCUCUUGCUGCCUUCGUCGCGUUUGCUAGGGCUACGACUGUGAGUCUUUCCCGCCGGCAGGCCGAGUGCCCUGAGGCCUACACUGGAUAUUUGUGCUACGGCGAGGAGAUCAUUCUCUGUCAGAAUGGGGAGCCAGACAAUAAUUACUCCGGAGUCGAGUGUAACCCUGGUUACCUUUGCUGGGCGACCAGCGAUGAAUACGGAUGCUCUUAA